GGUGAGCCUCAAAUCCUUUAAAUGCAAGACACUGAAAGAGUGGAAUGAACACAAGACACUUGUCAUCUCAUCCAUAGUUCCACUCCAAAAAAGAAGACAGGAAACGACACAAUGCUCAUCUCCUUCUAAAAGGGUACUGAAUGAUGUGAGCAAUGAAUUCAUUUAUCAAUUCUAAGAACUGUAGUCCAACGGCAAAUUCGCCAUUGAUCAAGCAAUCUUCCAUAUAUGCGUUGACUUUUGAUGAACUACAAAACACAUUGGGUGGAUCUGGGAAGGAUUUCGGAUCAAUGAACAUGGAUGAGCUUUUGAAGAACAUCGGGACUGCUGAAGAGAUUCAAUCAAUGACAUCAAACUUCAAUUUGGACAUAAAUAUGGCUUUACAAAAGCAAGAAUCUUUGACUUUAUCAAGAACCAUUAGCCAGAAAACAGUGGAUGAAGUUUGGAGAGAUUUGGUUAAAGAAAAUGAUGAAUGCAAAGAUGCAGAUCCCGUCAAAGAACCAAGUUUUCAUCCACAAGAAAAACAACCAACUUUCGGUGAAAUGACACUCGAGGUAUUCUUGAAGAGGGCAGGGGCAGUUUCGGAAAAUAACCAAACUCAAGGGUACAAAAACAUGAUUCAGAAUCAAGGGUUUCAUCAAGAAGAAUUCUUUCCAGAGAAUAGAAAUGAAGUUGACAUUUUGCAGGAUGCUACAUCUUCAAAACUAUCAAAACCACAGAAGGUUCUUCCAAAACCAGCUUCUUUCAGCUCCACCUCUUCAAUAAAUUUAGUGAAUAAUGCUCAGAUGGGUAGUCGUGAAAAUGGAGUUUCUAUAAAUGGAAUGACUGAUCUUCCAAUAAAGACUGGUUAUCCAUUGGAUUUGUACCAAAAUGGUAAUUUGGAUACAUCUCCAUCACCACCACCGUGUUAUGGUGGUGGCCAUAAAAGGAAAAAGAGUGAUACGUUUGAGAGAAAGUUGGAGAGAAGGCAGAAGAGGAUGAUUAAUAACAGAGAAUCUGCUGCAAGAUCAAGGGCUCGAAAACAGGCGUAUACGAUGGAAUUGGAAGCAGAAAUUGCACACCUCAAAGAAGAGUUGCAAAAAAAGCAGGAAGAAAUCAUCGUGUUGCAGAAUUUUCAGGUACGUAGUUGUACUUUUUUAGGUAUCAUGCAUAAAACAAGUCCAUUUUCGAUGUUUAAUAUAGUAGUCGUCGUCUAUUAUACGUUUAAAACCAUAUAAUUUUUUAUUUUGUUUUAGCAAUUAAAACGUUGUUGCCAGUGAAUAUGAUUAGCGUUAUGCUUUUUUGGCAGAUAUCGGAGAAUAUGAAGUUGUGUGGAGGUGGAAAAUUAUGCUUACGAAGAACGAAGACAGGACCUUGGUAGAUAAAUCCACCAUGAACCACGGUUAUAAUAUGUUGAAUAUUAAAAUAAAAAGGCUAUUGUUUUUAAAAGAUCUAGUAGAAAUGACCAAAUCUGAAGCAACUGGAAACUUUUUAACCGUGAGUCAAGCAUCAAGAAGCAGAUUUGUCAUUUCUGCUUUAGACAUAAAGAGUUUAGUGUGUGUAUAUGUACAUGUGAUGUGUUUCUACGUACACAUUGUAUGGAUGUGUUGGUGUACGUAUCAAGAAGGGAGAACUUAAGGAUACAUAAUUAUUUCGGGCACCAUAGGUAUAAUAUGUUUUGGGGUUUUAUAGUUUGAUUCAUCAUGAUGUUGUAAAUGCCUUUGACAUAUAUAUUGAAUUAAAAUUAAGAAGA